UUCGGCAGAAAUCCAGAACCUUCACUCAGUCGAGUCUCUCCAAUCCUUUUUGGUAAGCAACUGCGUCAUUUCCCCAACCAAUUUGGACUCUUCUAAUUUACUAGUCCCACGACCCAACCGAAUCAAUGUUCAUCACAAAUCACAACACUCUCUCUUUCAGCUUCGGCUAUACUCCUAUAUAAGACUCUUCAAUUUCGCCAUCUCCCAUCUCUCUCUCUCUCUCUCUCUCUCUCUCUAAAAUGAGCUGGUGGUGGGCAGGAGCUAUCGGCGCUGCACGGAAACAGUACGGAGACGAUGAACGCCCCAAAGCAUUCCAGAGCGUCGCACUAAUCAUCGGCGUCACCGGCAUCGUCGGAAACAGCCUGGCCGAAAUCCUCCCUCUCUCCGACACCCCCGGCGGCCCGUGGAAAGUCUACGGCGUCGCCCGCCGGCCCCGCCCUGCCUGGAACGCCGACCACCCCGUCGAGUACAUCCAGUGCGACGUCCUCGACGAAAAAGACGUCGUCUCCAAACUCUCCCCCUUGACCGACGUCACCCACAUCUUCUACGUGACGUGGGCCGACCGAUCCAAUGAGGUUGAGAACUGCGAGGUCAACGGCGCCAUGCUUCGCAACGUCCUCACGGCGGUGAUCCCUAACGCCGCCGAUCUCCGUCACAUCUGUCUCCAAACGGGUCUUAAACACUACGUGGGACCCUUUGAAGCGAUUUGGAAGAUACAGGCCCAUGAACCCCCUUUCGAGGAGGACUUGCCCCUGUUGGACUACCCGAAUUUCUAUUACACUCUUGAGGAUAUCCUUUUUGAAGAGUCCGCCAAGAAAGACGGGUUGACUUGGUCCGUUCACCGACCCGGAACGAUAUUCGGGUUCUCUCCUUCAAGCAGGAUGAACAUUGUCGGCACCCUUUGCGUUUACGCCGCGAUUUGCAAGUUCGAGAACAAGCCCUUGAAAUUCCCCGGGAGUAAGGCGGGUUGGAACUUGUUAAAUGUCGCGUCUGACGCGGACCUGAUCGCGGAGCAACAAAUUUGGGCCGCGGUGGAUCCGUACGGGAAGAACGAAGCAUUUAAUAUAAGUGACGGGGACGUGUUCAAGUGGAAGCACUUGUGGAGGAUUUUGGCGGAGCAAUUUGAGGUGGAGUACGAGGAGUUUGAUGAGAGAGAGGAGCAGGUGAGCCUGAGUGAAAUGAUGAAGGACAAGGGUCCGGUGUGGGAUCAAAUCGUAAGAGAGAACGGGUUGGUGCCAACCAAGUUGGAGGAGGUUGGUGUGUGGUGGUUUGCCGACUUUACGCUUGGAUUCGGGGGCGCGGUCGAUAGCAUGAAUAAGAGCAAAGAGCACGGGUUCUUGGGGUUUAGGAACACCAAGAAAUCCUUUGUAUCUUGGAUAGACAAAUGGAAGGCUUACAAAAUUGUACCCUAAUAGCCGGUUCGCAUUUGGAAGAAGAAAAAGAAAGUUAAUAGUAUUUGAAAACGAUGGGACUAUCGUUUGUUUUGGUGUAUGUAUGUAUGUAUGAUUAUAAAUAAAACCAAGGUAGUGUGGCAUUUGUAAUUCGAAAUAAAAAGGCUACACUGCUUCACAUCGUUUUGUAUGAAACGUUUGUAUUAGAAUCCUUUUUGUUUGGUCUUUGCCAUAUUGUUAGUUGAAAAUGUAUUUUUAUUCAAGGUUUUUUGUAUUUGAAGUAUUUGUGUACAAGAUACGUAUGUUUUUUUUU